CUUCAAAUUCGAGUCCGGCGGUAGAGCAACAAGGAAGCCGGCGCCGCCCAGCCUCGCUGUACUUUCCCAGGCACGGUCGCAGGCGGCGGUGUUUCCCGUGGUGCAGCCGGCAUUUCCAGGGCGAUCAUGGACGGGCGUUGCCUCCGCUUGGCUCUCCUCCUGCUGCCCCUGCUCGGCGGUUGCCUUGGCGCCAGCGUCUACUUCAAGGAAGGGCAGAGCUGCUACAAGCCGCUGCCACGCAAACCCACCGCCGUCCGAACCUACCCUCGUCCGCAUGAAUAUUUGGACAUCUCUGCACUGCCCAAGAGCUGGGAUUGGCGAAAUGUCGAUGGAGUCAAUUACGUGAGCGCCACGCGCAACCAGCACAUCCCACAGUACUGUGGGUCCUGUUGGGCUCAUGGCAGCACCAGCGCCCUGGCAGAUCGCAUCAAUGUCAAGAGGAAAGGCGUUUGGCCCUCUGCUUAUCUCUCGGUUCAGAAUGUAAUUGACUGUGCCGGUGCCGGGACCUGUAAUGGAGGAGACGACUCAGGUGUAUGGCAGUACGCUCACGACCACGGCAUCCCCGACGAGACCUGCAACAACUAUCAAGCUAAAGACCAACCAUGUAAGAAGUUUAACCAGUGUGGAACAUGCGUUACUUUUGGAGAAUGUCACGUGAUAAAGAACUACACCCUUUGGAAAGUUGCUGAUUUUGGCUACCUCAGUGGGCGAGAAAAAAUGAUGGCAGAAAUCUAUGCACAUGGUCCUAUCAGUUGUGGGAUCAGUGCCACUCCAAAGCUGGAUGAAUAUACUGGAGGACUUUAUGCUGAAUAUUCCCGAGGGGCUGUAAUAAACCAUAUCAUCUCUGUUGCUGGCUGGGGGGUAGAAAAUGGAACUGAAUACUGGAUUGUCCGGAACUCUUGGGGCGAGCCGUGGGGUGAACGAGGAUGGCUCAGGAUCGUGACAAGCGCAUACAAAGGGGGGAAAGGAGCAGACUACAACCUUGCUAUUGAAGAGGAGUGUUCUUAUGGAGACCCAAUUCUUUCCUGAUGGGGCACAGCUGUGUCUUAGGACUGUUCCAGCAAGUUGUUUCUUCUUUUCAAAGGGACGAGUUGAUUUUUCUGCAGAAUCCAUUAAUCGGGGACUUUGGGAACAGUCUUCCUUUUGUAUACAUUCAAAUGAACCGCAUGUAGUGACUGCACUGUACGAGGAAGAGUCCGCAAGCACCUUAAUUUUUUCCAUAUGGAAAUUAGUAAAAUGUGAUUUUUAAAAACAACAACACCUUAUAGGUUGCUGGGGUGAAGGAGUUUUAAUUGUGUAAGAAGCAUUUGUAAGGCUUGAGAGCAGAGCUCUUAAAUGACUUGGAUUUACCAUGUGUGAAAUUAUACAGACAACAAACA